AGAAAAAGCAAGCUCGUGUUUGAAGAGUUAUAAAAUUUCGUAGAGUUUACCGAUUUAACUUUAACAAAAUGAAAUCAACUCGUAAAAGUUCCAAUUCAGAAAUGCCUGAUAAAAAUGGUCUGACAAGAAAAGAAGUUUUUAAUUUAAUAAGAAAUAAUUUAAGUCUAAGGGCUACAGAUGCAUACGCAAAAAUUGAAGAAUUAAUGUCUUGCAAAUUACAACAUCCGUAUAAUUUACCUGACCACACUAAACAACCAAUACGGAAAUUAAUUUUUGAUUUAAAAGACAAGUGGCAGAAAAGUAAGAGAACGGAAUCUGUCUUUUUUAAAACCUAUGGUGAAUGGUUAGGAGUAUUUAUUUCAUUUGGACUCAAAGAAGAAAAUAAGGAAACCGAUAUAGGAGGUCGACCAUCAACAAGUUUUGAAGAUUCUAGUGAGAGAAGUAAACGAAGAAAGACAGAAAAUUUGCGUACACAAUCAAGUACUGAAGAGCUUUCUUACGCAGCCCAAAUAAAUCUACGAGCAGAAGGAAAAGUAGAUGCAGCAAAAAUAUUAAAGCAUGUGACAUCGAGCAGUCCAAGUAAAGCAAAAAG